CACCCAUCAUCUGCAAUCACCCAACCUACCUACAUGUAAUGCUUGGGUGAGUGUGGGUCAUUUUCUCUUUUACCCACCCAAACCCACAUAAAACUACCCGCUGCUUAUCCCUACCUAUUGGGCAUAUAUCAUAUAAUUGAGUACAAGCAAUGAUGCCAUUAACUCUCAACCUUCUUGCUCGAUUGGGUCAACGGGUAACUGGAUUGACAAGUUGGUGAUACCGACCCAUUGUAAUCGCUAAAUGGGUGGGAUCAAAUGGUUGUGUGGGAUGGGGCCAUACAUAUGUUUGGGGUUCUUGCAAAUCAUCUUGUGAACUAACAGCUCGAGAAAGGCCCAGUGUUAAAACUUAGAAGCAUGGGCAAUGAAACCGUACCGGAAAAGUCCGUUGUAGAGUAUUUUACGGUAAAAUCAUGAUUUAAUUGUUCUUCACCUCAUAUCGAUUUAGCCUCCAAUAUUAGUAUAUCGUGGUUGACUGCCGGUACGGUUCCAUGGACCAUGUUUAAAUUAAUUUUAAACCCAAUGCUAUACAUGACGUGGACAAAUUAGAGAGUAAAAUUGGCCGUGGCAAAUGGCGGAUGGAUGAUGGCACUCCGCGGCAAAACCAGAGCCGCAAUGAGAUGCUUCUUCCUCACUCAGCAACAACUCCGACUCCCGCUUCCGCUCACCCCAUCUUCCGUCGCUGACAUUUCCUCCAUCUCCGCACCUUCUUCUCGCCGCUUCUUCUCCUUCACCUGCUCCUCGCUCUUCCGUCACUCCCCGCUUUUCGCAUCGUCAGAACAGGCUUUCUCUAGUCCGAUUUCAUUUCCGGAACUUCCUUCGUCUCCACCUUCGAUUCGUUCGUUCGCAGCUCGAGGCCUCCACACCAUGCCUAAUUCGGAUUCAGUCACUUACCUCACCCAGCGUGAAGCUGCCGAGGUCGACGAGAUUCUCAUGGGGCCUCUCGGGUUCAGCGUCGAUCAAUUGAUGGAAUUGGCCGGAUUAAGCGUUGCCACGGCUAUAGCUGAGGUGUAUAAGCCAAGUGAGUAUAAUCGUGUUCUUGCCAUCUGCGGUCCAGGGAACAACGGUGGAGAUGGCUUAGUUGCUGCUCGUCAUCUGUUUCACUUUGGGUACAAGCCAUUUAUUUGUUACCCGAAGAGAACUCCUAAACCUCUUUACUCUGGUCUAGUUACUCAGCUGGAAUCACUUUCUGUUCCUUUCUUGUCCGUUGAAGAUUUGCCUGCUGACUUGUCUAAAGAGUUCGACAUUGUAGUAGACGCAAUGUUUGGGUUCUCAUUCCAUGGUACCCCAAGACCACCAUUUGAUCAUCUCAUCCAAAAGCUGGUCGACUUGGAUGAUCCUACUGGUGUCCGCCAGAGGACUCCUGCCGUCGUUUCUGUAGAUAUUCCUUCUGGGUGGCAUGUUGAGGAAGGAGAUGUUAAUGGUGGAGGCAUGAAGCCUGACAUGUUGGUUUCUUUGACUGCUCCAAAGCUGGGGGCUAAGAAUUUUUCGGGUGCACACCACUUUCUAGGUGGUAGAUUUGUCCCACCAGCUAUUGUAGAUAAAUAUAAGCUUCACCUUCCACCAUAUCCUGGCACUUCCAUGUGUGUUCGAAUUGGAAAACCUGCCAACAUUGAUAUAUCAGCUCUAAGGGAGAAUUAUAUCUCUCCAGAGUUCCUUGAGGAGCAGGUGGCGGCAGAUCCUUUUGUUCAGUUCCGUAGAUGGUUUGAUGAGGCUGUAGAGGCUGGAUUGAAGGAACCAAAUGCUAUGGGGUUGUCAACUGUUGGGAAGGAUGGGAAGCCCUCCUCAAGAAUGGUUUUGCUAAAAGGGUUUGAUCAGGAUGGGUUUGUCUGGUACACCAAUUACGAAAGCCAAAAAGCACAUCAAUUGUCUGAAAAUCCUCGAGCAUCACUCCUUUUUUAUUGGGACGGGCUUAAUCGGCAGGUAAGGGUAGAAGGAUCUGUGCAGAAAGUGUCUGAAGAAGAAUCUGAACAAUACUUCCACAGCCGCCCUAGAGGAAGUCAGAUAGGAGCAAUAGUUAGCAAGCAGAGCAGUGUGAUUCCUGGAAGACAGGUUUUGUAUGAGGAACACAAAGAACUACAGGAGAAGUUCUCUGAUGGGAGUGUGAUUCCGAAACCCAUAAACUGGGGAGGAUACAGACUUAGACCUGAACUGUUUGAGUUUUGGCAGGGGCAGCAAUCCCGAUUACAUGACAGAUUACAGUAUACUCCUGAAGAGGUAAAAGGAACACGAGUUUGGAAAAUUGUGCGGUUGGCCCCAUGACUGGUACUCUCAGCUUCCUCCUUGUGAAAUUCUGGUAUGGCAUGCUUCCGUUUUGCUGUUUUCUUCCCGCACUUGCUGUGUGCUCUGCUUAAUUUAUUCUCCGCCGGUAGAUGCAUGUGCGAUGCUAUCUUGUCAUUUAUGAAUCAGUUAACCUGUGCAGGCAGCAGAUAGAAGGGAGAAAGGAAGCAUGACGACCCAAAACAGGAUUGUGAAGCUCCAAUUUCCAGGAAGGAGUUCUUUAUCAAUCCUGGCGAGGAAGCAGCAAGACAUGCUCAUCUCACGUAGUGAAGAGGAUAAUUUACAGUCUUGGUUGCUGUGUAACAAUAAUAAUAAUUGAGAGUGAUAAAAUGUGAAUAAUUUUCUGUUUAUUUGUAUUUUUCCACUUAUUGAAUAUUUAUCCGGUGCCUGCCUACUCAAAGGUGGUGAUGCCGGAUUUGUCAGUUUAUUGGACUAUGGCAGAACGUUGAAGAAGAGCGGUAGUUUUUUUUUACAGUAAAAUAACUUCACUCCAUCGCUGACAGUAGGGCUGGGAAACGGUGUGGUCUGGUCCAGACCACACCAUAUAUACGGUCUACGGUCCAGACCGAGAGGCUAAAGUAUAGACCACAGACUAUACGGUUCGGUGCAGACCACGCCUGUGCGGUCUGGUUCGGUUUGGUUUGGUCCAAAUAGACCACACUCAACGAAAAAUGAAUAAUUUCUUUAGUCAACCACACAGAAAAUUGAACCAAUAACCAAGAAAAAUAAUUGUUAUUUGCCUUAAAACAUUAAUCCUAACAUGUAUGAAUAAUUUUGAUACUCUAAAUCUUAUUACAUAACAAAGAUACUAAGUAAAAGUUUCCCAGCUUGCACCAUAAUGUCAUAAACAUUAACAUAAUGUUAUAUGGAGACACGAUUAUCUCUACUUUGUGGUUAAAUGUGGUUGUGAAUGAAGGAGGGAAGAGAUUCACAAAAUUAAGGUUGAAACUUGGGUGUCGUUGUGGGAGUUUAGAGAGUGGUCGAAUGAGCUAUUAACACGUAUUGACAAGUCAGUUGGGUCUACGGUUUGGUUCGGUAAACCGCGGUCUAGACCAGACCAAGAGAUCAAAUCAUAAAAUAAUACAGAUCAUGGACCAGACCAGACCAUACUUCACGGUCUACGGUCCGGACCAAACUGUACGGUACGGUUUGGACCAAGGUUUUUCUAAUGGUCUGGUCUAUUUUCCCAGUCAUAGCUGACAGUAGUGAUGGCAAUGGGGCUGGGCGGGUACCUCAAUACCCAUGCCCUGCCCCACGCUAGUACGGGUCGGGGCGGGUACUACCCGCGCGGGGCGGGUCGACCCACUCUUACAUGCUAUUUGAGAAAAAUACACGCACAAUUUUACC